CCCUCCAAAUAAUAAUAAACAAUUGGGCAAAACUAUAGACUGCAUUUUUUCUCUAAUACAAACGUAUAUACACAAGCAUAACCAAACUUGACGUCCAAGCAACCUUUUCUAUUUGUAGAUAUUUCAUCUCUUACCCUUCUUUUUACAACUUAGCUACCCCUUUUUUCCUCUCUCUCUCUCUCUCUCUCUCUCUCUCUCGCUGAGAAAAACAGAUAGUGCCAAGAACUAGGGAAAACACCUAUAUCAAUCAUAUAGCAAAGAAGAGGAAAAAAGAAAAAAAAAAAAAAAAAAAAGGAAGAAAGAAAAAAUAAUAAAGUGGGAAAGAAUCAAAUUCCUGCCCUAACAUCAAGAAGAAGGAGAAGGUGGUUAUGGAAAACGUGAGUAAGUUUUUAGCAUAUUUUUGAAGAAGUGGAAGAAAUAGGAUCAGGAAGAAUUCAGCUUUGGGAUGAAACUCAAAGCAACACCUGCAGAGAGAUGACAUGGUGUAAUGACUCAGACGACGAAAGGGCUAUUCAGAUUAUCACAACAACCUCAAACGAUGCAAGUGUCACGAUUUCGCAGACCAAAAAUGACGAAUUUCGGACCGUAACAUGUCCAUCUUGUGGUCACCAUAUAGAGUUCCAAGACCAGGCGGGAAUACAUGAUUUGCCAGGUCUACCAGCUGGUGUGAAGUUUGAUCCGACUGACCAAGAAAUUCUUGAACAUUUAGAGGCAAAAGUGCUUUCUGAUAGAAGAAAACUUCAUCCCCUUAUAGAUGAAUUCAUACCAACUUUGGAGGGAGAGAAUGGAAUUUGCUACACUCACCCUGAAAAGCUACCAGGAGUAAGCAAAGAUGGACAAAUUCGCCAUUUCUUUCAUCGACCAUCCAAGGCAUACACAACGGGAACAAGGAAAAGGAGAAAGGUUAACACCGAUGAAGAUGGAAGCGAGACAAGAUGGCACAAAACGGGCAAGACGAGGCCGGUAUUCCUUGGUGGCGAAGUAAAGGGAUUCAAAAAGAUCCUAGUCCUAUACACCAACUAUGGUAGGCAAAGAAAGCCAGAGAAGACAAACUGGGUUAUGCACCAAUACCAUCUUGGCAGCAAUGAAGAAGAAAAGGAUGGAGAAUUGGUAGUUUCAAAGGUUUUCUACCAAACACAGCCUAGACAGUGUGGAUCAAGUAUCAAAGAUUCAUUUGAAAAAAGUAUCAACAUACCAAGUAGUCAUCAUCAUCAUCAUAUACCAAAGAAGGCAAACCUGAUGGAAUAUUAUAAUCCUCCUCCUCCUCCUCCUCUUAAUAAUCCUCAAAAUUUCAUUAAUUAUGAUCAUCAUCAAAUUCAAGGGGUCCAUAAUAGAGAAAGCCCACCACAGUUGAUUCCAAAUUUGGUUGUCCAAGGUGAUGGGUCUUCGUUUAUUCGAUUAACCGCAGAAGCAAGCAAAGGAAAGCUUGAGAGAAAACAGUGAUGGAAUGGAGGAGCUUUUGGUAGGGUAUAUAUGGCAAAUGACAAUGACUUUUAUUGUAUAUGGUUUGCUGCUGUGUGUUGCUGCGUAACAGUCAAAUAAGUUAUCAGAAAAAUAUAUUGAGAGGUUUUUUAGAAGGAGAAAAAGUAGAAAAAUAAAACUGCAAUAUUAUUGCUGCCAAAUUGGAGUGAAGAAGAUUAAUUUGGACAUAACUGUAUAUCUAACAGUACUGUUCUUGAAGCUUAUUAUGAGCAGGCAAUGUAUAUAUAUAAAAAUAUAUAUACACACACACAUACAUAUUUAUGCAUGGCAUGGGACAGUGACGUUGUCUUUUAGAAACUGUACGGUUUUUUAUAUGAUUCUUACUGUUGAACAUCCAUAUAUAUGUUAGAGAUUUGAUAGGUUUUAUAGUGUCAUCAUUAUGUUUAUGUGUACCGUGCUCUUUAUGACAUUUUUGACUGAAUAAAUAUAUUGGAAGUGUUCUUGUUGCUGA